AGUCUGCGGGCCUGCCGCAGCUUAGAACCCAGUACCGUGCAAACCGGAAAACGAAGAAUUCGGAUCACCAAAGACCUCCGUGAGGUUCUAUGAACAAUCCCGGUGCAGACAGAUGGCGACCAAUGGCCAUCUCGAAUCCCUCAACACGGCUACGCGUAGCACGCUCUAUGCCUCAUUGGGUAUUGGCACAACAACAGCGAGACACAGAACAACCAUCGAACGCACCUCCACCACCACCAAAAAUUCCGCCGCCGUCUCUAUCUGGAGACUGCGGAGAUCCUGACUACGAAGUUAUUGAAUUUCCACCCCGGCCGCAGAGCAAUAAUGCCACCCCAAAGAAUGUUACCUCCAAUAAUCAGACUAACAAGAGCAAUACUUCCGGUACCACUAUAUUUGGAAAGUGUGCCUUAUGUGGUACUGACAAUGUAUCAAUUAGAUGCGACUUUUGCAAAGAAAACUACUGUGAUGCUUGCGACGAGAUGAAUCACAAGCAUCCUAAAAGAAAAACACACAGCCGACGAAAACUCGUGACGGAUAUCGCGGGUAAAGUGAAGCCCCCACUUCCACCAAAGGGAGAGAAUAUGAUGAAUCCACCGCCUGUUCCACCACCCAGACGAAAUCGUAGAAACACUCAGGUAAAAACGAUAUUAAACCAAGGCGCUGCUAACUUCCCCUCAAUUGAUAAAGCGGGAAGUUUGAAAAGGAACACUAUCAACGCAAGAAGACCAUUACCAUCGAUUCCAGAUUCUCAAUUGAAAGGUACUCGAUCGACACAAUCUUUGCACACAAAUUCCAUUGAAACUGCGGCUUCGCCUGGUACGGACAAGAUGUCGACACUACAGGAAAGGUACCGAAGGUAUCAAGAGGCAAUGAGAGCCCAAGAUGCAAAUAGACGAAGACCUCCUUCCUCAGAUGUACCAAAAGAUACUAUGAGUCCUAAACUUUUCAGCGUUGGCAGUCCUAGACAUAGUUUAACAUCGUCACCAUCUCUGCCAGUUAGAAAUAUUAUUCAAUCAGCUAGUGUCUGCGACCUCUCAGCUCAAAAUACGUGGAAUCCUGAAAUGCACCAAGCACAAUCUUUAGCACAUUUAGGAGCUCCAAUAAUCUGGUAUCCGACAGGUAACCAUUGGGAAGCAGCCUUUGGAGGCUCUACAAUGAGCCUCAACCAUCCUUAUAUGUGGGGAUACCCCAUGGGUUAUCCUCAACCUCAAAUGUUACCACCUCACUAUCCUGGAACUCUCUCGCGGCCUCAUAGUCCUGCGAGAAGUAUUAAAUCCAGCAGGAGAUCCAGAGCAGCCUCUCCUUCACCUAGCUUAAAAUCUAAAAAAUCGACAGCAUCCAGAUCAAGAAGACGAAGGUCACCAGGUUCGCCUUCCGAUGCCAGUUCAGAGAAUUCUGACGAAUCUGACUUCGACGAUAGGUUAUCACGAGGUUCCCGAAGAAUGCGACAUGAUAGUUUUUCUAGAAGUAAACCAAAAGGAUUUCAGGAUGACGAUAGGAACAAAACAUUACUUUCCAGGCAUCGAAGAGACAGUGGCUGGAGAUCCGAAGACCGAAUCAACAAUCUUGGCGAUGGAUUGUCAGACAAUCUAUCAAAACACAACUGGGCUUCCUCCAGAAACUUGGAAGAUACAAGAAGAUCGCUCGCUUUAAAUCAGAGGUAUGCCCACGAAGAUUCACCAAGAUUUAGACAGUCACCUUCUGCCCAAGAGGAUGAAUCUUCCAGCAAUCCAAGAGAAUCCACUAGGCUUCGGAAUGCUUUUCCACAGGAUCAAAGAGGUAUCAGUACAGAUGAUGAUAGAUCUGAACGGAGGUCAAGUUUUAGUAGACGACGAACAAAGAUUGCAAGUACUUCAGAGGAUCGCAACGACAGAGCGUCCCUUACAAGAAGUACAAGAAGUUUAAGAAGAGCAGAUAUCAAUGCUGAAGAGCGAAGAGAAGCCACUCGAAGAGAACAGCAACCUAACUUAGAUGAACUAGAAAGUCGUUUAGAUCCACGAAAAUCGCGAUCAAUGCGAAGGACUCUUUCUGUUGAUCGCGAGAUGAUAAAUUCAAAGAUAAGCACAAGAGAAAACAAUAUUGGUUUAAAAAGAGAACUUCGUAGUUCUCAAACUCCAGAAAAUCGUAUUAGUCGAGAAAGAUGCCGAAGGUCUCGGACUCCGGAGUCUCAAUCGGGCCAGGACAGGCUUCAUAGAUCGCGAACACCGGACGAUAAAGCUUUACCAGAUGCUAGUGUCACAACUCGUACUCCGGAAAAUAAACUAGCCCAGGAAAACGUUUUAAAAUUGUGCAGCCAAGAGAAACACGGGAUAAAGGAAAAUAUUUCGAGAUUAGGAACACAAGAAAACAAGACUGCUCAAGACAAAAUUUCACAACCACCCACUCCAGAGAAAAUGGUACCACAAACACAGAAUCCAGACGUUAAUAAUAAGGAUGUCGAAAACAUAAGAGAAUUAGUCCGCCCGAACAAGGUCACAUUCCCUGAUAUGAAUAUACCUUCGAGUAAUAUGGCAGAAGAAUGGGCGUGCGAACAUUGUACGUUCAUCAACGAACCUAAGGAGCGCAUUUGUAUUGUCUGCUACAAGACGCGAACUAGUGCUCUUCCACCCCCUUCUCCAGAACCUCAAACGUCUUCUAGCAUUACUGAAUCCCACAUGACUUCGAACGAACCAAAUUUCAACCUCAACUCAGACCUAGAGAAGAAACUGGGCCACCUCAAGUUACCAAUCAGCGAAGAGAGCGGCGACAGCAGUUCGACGAAGAAAAAAGGUUCUGACACUCAAACAGAAAGUACUAACUUUGCCGAACAGACUGAGAUAGAAGACUUAAAUAAUCGAAUUCCUAAUACUACUGAUCAUCCUAAAGAGUCAACAUCCGCACAAAGUUCAAUGAGAAAUUUUCCAAUCCUAAGUCCAUUGUUUGACAAUACGUUAGAUACAAAAGUUGAGGAAAAAGAUACCACCUCAACAUCCCUUGGCAAUUCUAAUACACUAUCAAAAGAUUCUGAAUUAAAUGUUGAUAAAAUCAUAGAAGUUAACAGGAAGUCAGAAAAGAACAGUUCUGAAAAAGAAUCUGCAAUCGAAGAGGAUUUAAUUUUAAAAAAAGGAAACCUAAUAAAUUCGAAGCAUAAAUGCAAGACGGCUUCAACAGGAACUUCUCCUCCACCUCAAAAUAUGUCUACUCAGACGUACGAAGAAACUUUGUUUAAAGAUCAUGGAAGGCUUAGAAGAUCCGCAUCUUUAGCACCAUCCAAGGGUUCGAUGCGAUAUGAUAACAGCGAUUCAGAGGACACCAGAUUUCUCAACAGCCCUGACCUUUAUCCCCGCCAUCAUCAAAAUAACAUUAGCCAAAUGUCGAUGUACGGAAGAGAGAGGAUUAGAAGAAGUUCCAUCAAUUCUCCUCAUCUUUAUUAUCAAUCUAGGGAACCUAGUCUAUCAAGAUUUGGCGAAUUUGACAACAGUUCAGCUUUCCAAGGUAUUUCUACAUUAACUCGUCAAGGCUUAGAAAUUGUCGAACUCCUGCGUGAAGCUGAGAAACGAGGAUUUUCAACAGAUGAUGUCCAAGUCGCGCUGUCACAAGACGUCUUGAAUCCAAUAGAAUGGCUAACGACCCAAUGGCCUCAUAUGAUAGAAACCAUUCAGGUUUUGGUAACAGCACAAGGAAAGGAGCUCACAGAAAAUUGUAUCGGAAAUCUAUCUAUUUCUGAAGCUAAAGAUGCAUUAAGACUCUCCAAAGGCGAUAUGUGGAACGCUGUUACUAAUGCAAUUCAGCUACGACAACGUAAAUGUCAGAGGAUAAUGUCUAAAGGUGCUUAUAUGAUGACAAGUGUCAUCGAUGCUCUUGAUAGCAAUGGAGGAAAUGAAGAAGCUGCUUUAUUAGAAUUACAAAAAGACCAGCUUAAACCUUUUUUAAUGAGAAUUUGGGGUCCACCCGCCGGGGUGGAAAAUGAGGAGGCUGCACCGCGCCAUGAUGCAGCUGGGGUAUCAAGCGCUUUGGCGGGAAGUUCUGAACAGGUUCAGGACGAUUUGGACUCGGAAGCUAAGAAGCAGGUAAUGUCUCCAACAGUAGAACGUUUCGUGGAGUUGCAGGCUGACUUUCAUCAACGAUUGACUGCCCUGCGAGAAUUCACUGGUAAUUGGGAUCUCGAAAAAGAACCUUCGGGUACAAGUAACAAUAGUCAGGUUGACUUGUUUAGCAGUUUCGAUAGCUUGACGAGCAAGUCGUUACAGAAGGAUCAGCGACUGAUUCCUAGAAUCUUCCAAGCCGUUAAUCUCCAUAAAAACAAUUUUACAGUGAAAACCCAAGAACAACAACAUGUAGCACCAUUGCAGCAAUCAAAAUAUUCACUACCACAAAGUAUUCCUCGACGGAAUCCUUGGCAGUCUGUAGAAAGAGAAGACAAAGAACUAGUGUAUAACGAAACGAGACAAAUAAAAACAAUAUCACCAUUGGCUGAGAAUUUUAAUCAAAAAGAGCAAGUUCAAAGUGAAAUAAAUGAAAUGCUUCAACAGCAACUUCAAACAUUGAAAGAGCUUCAAGAGAAUCAUCAAAAACAAAAAGUUAAUUCGGAGACAUUUAAAGCGCUGCCAGAAAACUCAAAUGCUCCACUCUCAAUGAAAGAACUAAAUAUAUCAGAUAAACUGGAGGCUAUAGAUAAACUUGAAUUAUCUACCAAACAAAAAUUAGGCACAAAUCUACCUGCAGUUGAAGAAAUCGUUUUGACUAAAAUCUUUGGUUCUAAUGAGAAACUUUUUAAUGCGAUUGAAGCAGGCGAAAGUAAAGUUAAAGAAAUCCCUAAACAACAUGCAAAUUCAUCGGAAGGAUUAAAAGAAAUUAAAAAAAUACCUCAAGAAGGAAGUGAAAUUUUCCAGCCGAAAAUUCCAGAUGCUGAGACAAAACAAAACUUCGAAAAUAAACUUGAAAAUGAAAACCCUUCAAAAACCUUUAUAGAUGACCAGAAACUAACUCUUCAAAACCAAACUAAAAAUUCCAAACAAGUUGGAAAGAAGAUUGGUAACGAAGCUAGAGCUGAAGAACUAGAACUUGUAAAUAACGUAGAACAUAUUGCUGCCGCUAAAAAUCACGAAGCGGAUUUUGAAAUAAAAAUGCUUGAAGAAAAACGGACAGCUCGCUCUGAAAUUGAAGAUCAAAAUAACGUAAAAAAUAUGGAUUCAAAUCAGUCCAAAGUUCAACUGGUGACUCACAAUACGACAGAAUCUGACCUAAACUCUGAGAAACUGGUACAUACAAGUUUUAAAUUUGGUACAGUAGAACAACGUAGCCAAGAUAGCUUUUUGCUUAACCCAGAACAAGAUCUAAGAGAGCGAGAAGGUACCACUGAAUCUCAUACUGCUACUUUGCGAUUGAAUCAAAUAUCUGACUCCAACCAGUAUGAUCGAAAUCUGUAUUUAAAAACUAAUCAUAACGUUAAAAUUGAAAACACACUUGUAAACGAAAAUUUAGCCGACCAAUUUAACAGUUUAGCGAGAAUGGAUUUCUGUCCUGAAGACAAUAUAUUGGCCAAAACAUUUGAAACUUUCAUUGACAAUACUCAGAUCUCUACUGCAUCUUUUAAAUAUUUGCAUGAAAAUAAAUUUAAUUCUAAUGUAUCCUCCACUUCAACUGCAGAAUCUAUUACUUUGCCUAAAACUUGUUCGCCAACACGAAAUUUAGAAUUAAGCUCUAAUAGUACAAACACUCUAAGUAACUUGACAUCAAUGAAAUCAAAGGAUCUCAUAUCAAAUUCAUCAAAUGAACAAUAUAAUUUUAAUGAGCCCAAAAGAAGCUCUCUUUUUACAGUCCUUUCAUACUUUUCAGGUGAAAAUAAACCAACUUCAGUUACAACUACCCCAACCUUAGAAUCAGAAAAGAAUUUUAAUUCAUCACUUUCAGUUAAUAUCACUAAUAAAAACGAGAAUAAGAUAUCUAUCUCUCCAAAUUCAAUUGCUGUCCAUAAAUCAAGUAAAGUGAAUAAAAUUGAUCAUGAAAAUUCUUCUCAAAAUAAAUCUGAGGAAAGCAUUACACAGAAAACCACAGAUGUUAUGGUAGAAGACAUGAAGCAAGGCACAAACGUAGAAGUUCACUCAUCUUCAUUGCAAAAUACUAUACACGAAAAUAGUUCCGAAAACCAAAAACAGACGAUAGGUACUCAUUUCUUUGAUGAAUUAAAUUUUAUGAUAAUAGAAUCUGAUAUAUCUUUACAAAACAACUCAAAUAACAAUGUAAAUAACAACAUCACGAAUACCUCGGAUCAGCUUAUACAGAACUUGACUAUUUCCAACAUGUCUACAGAAAAGGCUGAUACUGUAAUAAUCAAGGUAUCUGGAUGCUCCAUGGAAACAGAUAACGAUUCUGCAUCUUCAGCUAAUUUUAUGAGAACUAAUUCUCCCAGUAAAAUGGCAGUUCAGCAGAGUAAUAAAAUGCAUAUAAAAAGUUCAGCAUGUGUUAUAAAACAGAAUAAAAUUGAUAAGCCUAGCAAAAUAUUUCAAACUCUUCAGCAGAAAAAGCCAGAUAAAAUUUUGAAGUCACCCACUUUUUAUUCUAGCAUCACAAGCUCUAGGUCAAAACAAGCUAGAUCAAAGUCGCCAAUAAAGAAAGUGAUUGGGAGAAGAUCUCCUGUCAAGUGGUUAAAGAAAUCAAUUUCACCUAGAAAGUACGGAAUUGUGAGAAGUACAGCACCACCGCGGAGUUUAACUAAAUUACCUCUUCUAAUUCAAGGCGAGCGAAAACUGAAAGAUAAUCUUUCAAGGAUACCGGUAGCAGGAGCAACAAAAGUUUCAAAUAUUCACAAAAUGGGUAAUAAUCAGAGCAUAAUUUCACAAAGAGAUCAAAAAUUUGAAAGACAUCAGAGACCUCAACAUAUUUUAAAUAAGAAGCCCAGUGAUAGUGAGAAUUUCAACACCCAAAAAGAAAAUAAAGGAAUUAAACUAUCAACUAUUAAUGAUUCUGGUGAGUCGCUAGUGAAUCCCAAAAGCAGUUUCCCUUCCAAAAUUCCAGUUCUAAAGGGAAGCAAACUAAUUCCUGCGCAAACAGUUUCGGUGGAAAUUCGAAGACAAAUCCACCCUAAGCUUUUAAAACCAUCCACAAUUAUUCCUCCAAAUCUGCCACCCAAAAAAAUCGUCAAAGCAGAGCAAUUCAUAAAUGAUAAACAACCUCAAAUGCUUAUUUCGAAAAACGAAGAAUUGACCAGAGCAAUUACAAAUGUUUCUAUUGUCGAUAGAAAACAGGAUGUAUACCAUAAAAUAAUUGGCACAAAUCAGGAUGAAAUUAAUGGAAACAUUGAAUCUGCGGAGCGUGGAGAUAAUAUUUUACAACUCGAAUCGAGUUCUGAUUCUGAAUAUGAAUCCAUAUCUGAAGAAUCUAUUAGUAUGAACUAUAAAAACAAACCACAAGAGUCACAAAAUUUUUCGGAAAAUUCAAAGAAUGGUCAGAAAGAAUCUAAGAAGUAUGAGAAAGAAUCACAAGAAGAAUCUCAAGAUGAAUCUCAAGAAGACUCUCAACAAAACUCUCAAGAAGACUCUGAGGAAGAGUCUCGAAGGGAUUCUCAGGAAGAAUCAAGCAAUGAUUCACUUAACUCAAAUGCAUCUCACGAUUCUUUAGAUAUAUUAGCAAAUGCUGAUUACUUGUUGGAAAAAACCUUAAACAAGAUAAAAGCUGAAAUAUCAGAGUAUGAAUCUGAAGACAAGUCUGACAAUGAAAACUCUGAUGAGAUUACAUCUGAAUCAGUGUCUAUAAAAUUAGGAACGAGUGAUCGUAAUGGAAGUAUCAUGGAGACCUCAGUUUCCAGUGAGACGCAAUCUGAAACGCUAAUGGAGCAUGAUGCCCCCCUGGAAGAAAACGUUGAAAUGUCAGCUGUCACGACAGCUAAAUUAUACUUAAUGGAAAAUAUAGAACGGAAAAAUGAAAAUGCUUUAAAACCAGUCAUAGCAGCUUUAAAGAAAAAUGCUACUGUGAAAGGCAAAGGUGACAAUACAGUCUCAACAUAUGAUGAAAAUGAGAAAAAAGAAAAACCUAAGAAGAGAUAUUCCAUGGUCGCAAGUUUCGUCCAGCAAUUUGAGGGCAAGAGCCCAAAGAUCACGAGAAGAAAAAAAAAUCCUGGCAAGGAAUCCAAGCAGAGGAAGAAUAACAGCAAGGAAUCUCUCAUAAACGAGAGGGAGAGAGUUGCACGCCGUCUAUUAGUUGAAGGCCAAGCAUCAACUUAUGAUGAAGCCGAAGUAGCCGCAAGUUUGUUGGCCCUUAAAUUUGGAAAUGCAGAGGCACUUCAUGCAGCAAAAGAAUGUUCAAGCGUAGAAUCGGCUUUAGCUUUUUUACAACAAGAAUGCGAACUCUGCACGAGUGAGUUUGCUAUGACGCAGAUGAUUUCUAUGCUGAAAUGCACUCACCGAUGUUGCAAUGACUGUGCGAAAAACUAUUUUACAAUACAGAUUAGUGAUCGUAGUAUAACAGACGCUGUGUGUCCAUUUUGCAAGGAGCCGGACUUGACUGAUGCCACUGAAGAUGAAGUAUUAGAGUAUUUUAGUAUAUUGGACAUUCAGUUAAAGUCACUUUUGGAUCCACCAAUUCACGAACUCUUUCAGAGGAAACUUCGUGAUAGAACACUGAUGCAAGAUCCGAACUUUAAGUGGUGUGUUCAGUGUUCAAGUGGAUUUUACGCAAACCCUAAUCAAAAGCGAUUGAUUUGUCCGGAUUGUCGAUCUGUCACUUGUGCAAUUUGUCGAAGACCAUGGGAAAAACAGCACGAAGGAAUUAGUUGUAUGCAAUUCGCCGCAUGGAAGGAUCAAAAUGAUCCUGAUAAUCAGGCAGCUGGUCUUGCCAAACAUUUAGCAGAUAACGGCAUAGAUUGUCCGAAAUGCAAAUUUAAAUAUUCUUUAUCCCGUGGAGGUUGUAUGCAUUUUACUUGUAGCCAGUGUAAAUACGAGUUUUGCUGCGGCUGUGGAAAUGCUUUUGUAAUGGGAGCAAAGUGCGGAGUCAGUGCGUAUUGUUCAAAGUUAGGACUUCACGCACAUCAUCCUCGAAAUUGUUUAUUUUAUCUAAGAGAUAAGGAACCAGCGCAACUACAGCAACUAUUGAAAGAAAAUGGUGUCGAAUAUGAUACCGAGGGUCCAGCUGGUGAACACAAAUGCAGAGUGCAACUGCAAAAGGAAACACCAACCGGGGUAGUUGACGCUAUUUGUAACUCAGACGUCGUAGAAAGUCAUGCAGGUUUAUGCAGGCAGCACUACAUUGAGUACCUGACGGGUUUGGUGCUCAAAGGCAAGCUGGAUCCCGUGACUAUCUUUGACUUGAACGACGCAAAGCAAGAGUUGCGCCGCCGGGGAAAAGUCCCACCUGCCAAGGACCAGGAAAUGUCCGAUCAGGAUUACCUCAUGGCCUGCAUUCAGGUAGUGCAAAAGGAGAUUCCUCUGGAGUAGUGAUGAGAAAGGCGGAAUUGUUAAAAUAAUAGAAGAAACAUAUUCAUCGAAUAUUGUGCGAGUUGCUAGUGUACUCAUCUUAUUUAUUGUUCGUCCAUUCAAACUUCGAUAAUAAAUAAAAUCUUUAGAUUACUGUAGAACAUGUAGCGUCUGAAACUGUUUGAAAUAAUGAAAAUGGAGAUAUAGUUUGUACGAAGUAAAGAUAAAUUCACAAAACAGCAUAUGUCAUCGAAAGAUUUAAUACUCUGGAAGAGUCCAUUGCUUUCUUUUGUAUCCUUUUUUCUCUUGUUUGUAUAUUAUUUUUUAACCAUAUCGUGUUACCAUGAUUUGCAAUUAGAAAUAUUCAAGUGAUUUUAGAUAGUUAAGAAUGCAGGACAUGUGCACAAGGUGUGAAUAAUAUCCUGAAAAACAUAGAAUACAAAAAUAUGUUCACUUUAAAUUCAACGUUUUCAAAUUUAAUAAAGUUCUUUCAAAAAAUUGU